GGGUACCUCGUGUGGAUUGACAGCGAUAGACAAGGCUGGGAGUCGAUUCCAAAAAGAAUCGAUUCUUCGAUUCAUAGGCGUUGAGAAUCGAAAGUCGAAUCCAAAAGCUUCGCAUCAAUAAAGCAUCGAGAAAAUUAGCCAGGAAUCGACUCUUGGAAUCGGUUCUACAACAUCUGGAAUCGAAUAGCUCUAGUGAUAAAUGUUUAGCUGUGGUCAGAUAAUUGUUUGCUGGCACCCAACUUUUCUUUGCCCAUCCCCUUCUUUCUGCAGCUGACAAGGCAGCAGUAUAGGCUACGUGUGAGGUCACCGUGAUAUCAUCUUGAAUGCGCGUGAUGUCAUCUUGAAGAUCUCUCCGGCAAGGUGAUCUUGCAUUUUGGUGAGUGAGUGUGUGGUGUUCCCACGCCAGCGUUUGCCCAUCGAGAGAGUUGAAACAUGGUAAUCAUCAGCAGCUUCACCACCACCACCAGCACAAGCUCUGCAGCCCUGCUCUUCUCAUCUACCGAGGGGCUUAUUGCGUUUCACGCGCGCAGCCCCGACCUGCCUUCCCAAAAUAAGCCCCAGCCACCAUGCCGAAAGAAGAAAAACAAGAGUGGUAUUUUUAGGGUCAUUAACUUUGACCACGUGCCCCGAGGGUAAACCGGAUGGCCACUGCGCAAAGGCUCCUCACCAGUAUGUGCGAGACCAGUGGGCGCUGGACGUGGAUUGCGAUUGUGCUGCUAGGCUUUCUACUCGGGAUCGUGUUCCCCUACCCCACCUCGGACAGGACUAAUGCAGCUUUACUGGAGAAAAGGUGGGAGACGCUCUUUUCCCGCUCCGUUUUGGGCAUCUCGGUGGAUAAAUCGGACCUGAACUGGGAGAGCGACUAUUUGAUGGGCAUCAAGAGAGUGCGGAGGCUGUACUGCAACGUGGGCAUCGGGUUUCACCUGCAGGUCCUGCCAGACGGAAGGAUAAGCGGUGUACAUAAUGAGAACCAGUACAGUCUGAUAGAAAUCUCAACGGUAGAAAGAGGAGUCGUUAGUCUGUACGGCGUGAAAAGCAAGCUGUUUGUCGCAAUGAGCAGCCGCGGGAGGUUAUACGGAACGAGGGUCUUCCGUGAUGAAUGCAAGUUCAAGGAGACACUGCUGCCCAACAAUUACAAUGCAUACGAGUCUUCCAUUUACAGGGGCUUUUAUAUUGCCCUCAGCAAACAUGGCCGCUUGAAGCGAGGCUACAAGGCCUCUCCAGCAAUGACUGUCACACAUUUCCUCCCCCGCUUAUGAGCAAAACUGGCAAUAACACAACGAUUUGCACAUGUUGUAUGUUCUCGUAGGUAACCAAAACAUGCUUAUGUGAGAAGAGGUGAACCGCAAAGAACAAAAGUAACACUUAACAUAGUAUUUAUUCUCAUUAAAAUAAUAUAUGUAUAUUUCGAUAGCUUACUUUGUGUCUAAACUUUCUGUAAAUGCUACUCUUUGCUGAUUAUGAUUUCUAUUAUGAACAGAUGAGAGAUGAGGAGCUUUUUAUUUUGCUCUCUCACUUUAUGGGUUCUUGCCAUAACUGGUAUAAACCUUACCCUGUCAUUGGAAUGACUAACAUCUUUAGCUUUUAGAAGUGAAAGGGAUCCUUUUUAUUACCUCUAAGAGCCACGUCCACACUAGCAAAAAGUGUUUGAAAGUUAUAGAGGGAAAAAUAAAUAUCAGUUUACUCUGAUCUUCUUCUGUUUCACCAUUUUACAAGAGGGAUGAAAGCAUUUAUUUUACUGCAGUUAUUCAUUAUUAGUUGGUGCCUUUUACUCUCAUGCAAGGGAGAACUGUGACGCCCUGGGGAUCUUUAGCUCAGUUCCUAAAGGGUCAGAAGUUAGUUUGGUUUAUUUUCAUUACAUAUUUAGAUCAAUAACUAAAUGAGAUUCAUAGAUUUGGAGAUUAGAAACCACUUGCAUUAUUGGGAGUUAAAGUCAAAGAGGGCCAUGCAAGGUCAGAGUUUGACUGCAAGUCUUUCUGUGUACGGCUAGUCCUGAAAGGUUUGGGUGCUUCUGUAUGAAUUUGAAUAUUCAGUCAACUUUGCACUGGAGUCAUAAUCUGUUAAGGAAAACUGAUGAAGCUAGAGAUAUCCAAUGAAUUGCCUUAAUAUUGAAUUAUGUGGCAAGGUUAUUUGAUAAUGUAUGUAGCAACUCAUAAUGUAAUAACAAAGCAUAUAAUUUUACAA